AGCGCGUCAGUCGUGUGUCGACGCUGUGGCGUAUGAGGCGUUUAUUUUUUUCUGCUUUUACCGUUUAUGUGCGGCUACUAUAUUAUAAUACGUUACGACUGAACACAUUACAUAAAUAUUAUUUAUAGUGUUUCUUCUGCAACUCGAUAUACACUAUAUAGGUAGCUACUAUACACUUAUUAUUAUUAUUUUAUUUAACGGACGGUUAUUUAUUAUUAUUUUUUUUUCUAAUCUAAUCUAAUUAUGAUUUUUUUUUUUUUUUUAUAUUUUUUAUUGCUAUUUUUUUUUUUCUAUCGUCAUCGCCGGGCGUCGGCAAGACGACCGCUGUUUAGCCGUUGUAUUAUUAUUAUCGUUCGCGGUGCCCGUUCCCGCGAGAAACGCAACGGUCGGGUGUACCAUACAUCGCACGCACGUAGUGAAAAAGUGGUUGUUCGCGCCGCGCACCUGUUAUCGUUGCCGGACCACGUCGUCGUCGUUGGUUGUGUCGACCACUCGUGGAUUCGUCGUCGCGGCAACUCGUCUUCCGACAGUUGACCGGUACGGUUGUUAUUGCGCGCCAAUCCCGCACAACUACUCCGCAUAACACGCAUAUAAUAUUAUCCGUCCUUCUGAGUACAUUAAAAUAAUGUUAUAACAAUAGUCUGUGAUCAUUUUUGAAAUUUUUUUUUUUUCUUCCUUCAGUUUUUUUCGUUUUCCACCGCCGGGUCACGACGGGAGUAAUCGCGAGCAAACGCGAAAAUUUUAUAGUUAUACCGAUUGUACACAGCUAAAAUCGUGCAAUAACCGUGAGUUUUAUUUCUACAACUAUUUGGAUUUUAUUAUCUUGUGUAUUACGGAGUAUUAUUUUUUUUGUUUUUUUCUUAUAAAAUAAUAUAUUAUUAUGACAGCAUUUUUAUCUUCGUGAUAAUAAUUUCGUUCAAUAUAAUAAUAAAUCGCGUGCUCGUUUUUAUGGUACUCCAUAUUAUAAUGUUGUCAUUUUAUAACGACGUAUAAAUUAAAUUUUUCUCACGGUCGCAAGAACAACGCAACACAACGUGUUCGCGACAGCACUGGCCACUGACCGAAACAUCGUUGUAAUAUCUGUCACCAGCAAAGCCUUAUUUAGAGUUUUGGUGGUGGGGAGAAUGGGGCGGCAGGUGGUCAAAUACUCGAGCCGGUAAAACGUAGACGACAGCACGUGUGUGAAGAAUUUAUUUUUUACCUCUUUUUUUUUUUUUUUUAAAUUUAUUUUUAGAAUAAUAGAAAAAAAAAGGCUAUUAUUGUAUUUGUCCUUCGGAAGUAUACCUACCUAUCAAAUUCUUAAUACUAUCGCCAUUAGAGUACAUUUAUAAUAUAUUAAGCAUGUAUAUUAUAUCCAUGUAUGGCUGAAGGUGCCUUAUGAAAUAUUCUCAAAAAUCGCUACCUAUAGGAUUUGUCAUUGAAAUCUUCGAUUAAAAAAAUAUUUUUGUUUUUAAACCACGAUUAUCAGAAGAAAAAAAAAUCACCUAUUUUUUGGUGAUUUUUGUCAUUUUUUCUCCAAUUUGAAUUGAGAUUAGGAUUUGUGUGAACAUUAUUACCCCGCCGCUGCCAUUGUUUAUUGACAAAUAAAAUACAAUACAUACAGUGUGAGGAUGCCUAGGCUAAAAUCAUUUUAGAAACUAUAAUUUUACCAAUACCCUACACAAAGUCUUCGUCCAAUAACUGCUGAACGUGUUUAUGAAAUACUUAUAUGGCUAAUUAUAUAACGUACGGGUAAUACAUUUUAGAUUCUGAGUGAAGCGAGGGAUCUAUUGGUUUUACUAUGGUAUAUUUUUUUGUUGUCUUCUAAUCAAAUGUAUAGGUAUUAACAUAAACAAAUAUGGAAUAGUUAUAAAAGUUAAUUUUUAUAUUAGUUUUAAAUGGAUUUAUAAUCUUUGAUAAUAUAAUAUGGAUAUCGUUUAAACUGAAAAAUGUUCACUGGAAAUUUCUGUUGGUUUAAAGUGGGUAUUAUAUUUUUUACAACAGUGUUAAUUAUUUAAAAUGCAUUUACAAUACAUUUAUGUGCAAUUUUCAUGAGAUUUUUUUUUGUAAAUAGAAAUUCUCGUACAAUAGAGAUUAAUAUUGUUGUUAUAUAUAAAUAUAUUGUAGAACAAGUCUUUAAAAGGUUUUUAUUUUUUUUAUGUAUAAAAUGUAUUUUCUACAUAUGUCUACUUUCAUUUUUUCUCUUUUCUCUUAUUCGUGGCGAAUGAAAAUAAUUUUUGAUUCUACUGUGAAUAAUUUGACUAGUAACAACUAAUCCACUUGUCUCAUUUUAUUUACACUACUUUUAACGAUUAAUGAAAAAUCGUUUAUAUUUUUACAAUAUUGUUUUUUUUUUUUUUUUAAACAAAUCAUAAUAAUAUUACCUAUAUUAUAAUAAUAAAAUGAAAAACGGAAAUUUACCGAUUCAAUAUGUUGGAGUACUUAAUAUUAUACUGAUUUAAUUUCUUGGUAAUAGGUGUAAAAUAAUUUGCAGUGGUGACGAUCGAUAAUCUAUAUACAAGUACUUAUGUACUGGUACUAUGAUAUAAUAGGUAGGUGGGUAACUAUUUAAAUAUUUUAGACCUACUUCAGAUACAUAGUGUAAACUUUUGAUAGCGAUCUUCUAACGAGUUAUAUUUCAAAGCAUUUUUCGAAAGUUUAUGUUAAAAUAUAACGAUUAUAAUUGUUUACGUUUUAUUAAUGCAAAAUAAAGUACAGACAUAUCUAUGGUGCCUACAAUAUUCUAUAUAUUUGGAUUUCAAAUAAUCAACGACAAACAGCAUACGUAGGUAAUAAUGAUGACAAAUUUAAAUUGAAUUUCUUUACAAUUCUUUAAAAUAAUGGCAUUAAGAUUUUGCCAUAAUCUUCUGUGCUAAUAUUUUAACGAUAAAGAAAAUUACUCCACUUUUUAAAAUAUUGUUAUAUUAUAUUAUUAUUAAUAAUUUUGGGGUUGUUUAGAAUUUGGUAUAGAAAGAUACUUAAGUUAAAAUAGGUAAAUAAUUUUAUACAUAAAUAAAAAACGGACAAAAUUAAUUAAUUUGUAAUUGAAGUAAUUAAAAUUUGUGUAAAAAUAAUGUAGUAACAGUAAUACAUACAGUAUGCAUAUAAAUACGUUGGUAUAUUAGCUUACUAUAUAAUUAGUAAGUUUCGAUUGAGAUAAAUUAGAAUUUUAUAUACUUAUUUUACUUUUGUUGAUUGAUUUAGUUUACGCCUUAGUCUUACAGAGGUUGUAGUAGGUACAAUAAAGUUAAUAUCUAAUCUUAUAAAUGUAUUCAAAUUUCGAUAACGUGAAGUAUAGGUACUUACCGGUAAACGCUAUAAACUAUUAAAACAUUCCUUAAGUAAUCCUAAGAAAUUACAUUUAAAUGAUUUAUUCAAUCAUAUUUAACAUUAUAUACAAUACUAAUUAGUAAUUAUCAAUUAUUCAACCAAAUACUAUUAUUAUCCAUUAAAAAACUAAAGCAGUUGUUUUUUAUAGGCUCAAAUAACGAGGGGGGAAGCUAGCGCUAUAAAACCUAAGAUUUAUUGGAUAGGAGUGCUCUUUCAUUUAGGGGUCCUUAAAUUUAGUUCUCGGUAACAGAAAAUAUCCCUGUCUGCCACUGAUGUGGAGUGUUGCACUAAAAGGAUGUGAAAUCUAGGUACUGAAGAAAGUGGAAAAAAUGGUUCUAGUAAGUUUUGAGAUGUGGAGGUGUCGGAGAAGAAUGAUGAGUGUGAGUUGAACAGAAUGUAGAAAAAUGACAGUAUAAUAAGCUAAAUAUAUGAACCCAGGAUACUAAAAACAACCAAAGACAGAAGAUGCAAUAUAAUUAAAUAUGUUCUGAGACACGAAUAGAAAUGUCUGUAUAUUAUAGUAGAAGAGAAGAUAUAUAGUUAAAGAGAUCGAGGAGAUCCAAGAAUAUCUUAUAUAACAAAGAUGAUAUUCGAUGCGAAUUUAACAAAUUGUAAAGACUUGGUGUAAAUAAAGUUUUGUAGAAGAAUGUAUUGGUUUUACAAUGAUGUUUAUUUUUAAAUUUUUUUUUUAUUCGUGGCCAACUUUUCUACAAAUAAUUUUUUUCUGAUUUUCAAUUAAAAUACUUUUUUUGAAAGGAAAUCUGACUGGGAUGAUACUUAAAGAAGGUAAUUUUUUAUUUUCCCAUCUGUUUUCAUAAUAAAUGAGAAAAACUCGGAAAAAACGUAGGGAAAACGGGAAAGUAGGUUCAAUAUUAAACAAAUAUUAUGAAAGAAAAUAAAUAUGGCAUAUAUAUUGUUGACAAAGCAACACUAUUGACCGAACUCCGCUGAGAAUCGUUUUUCGUUAGUAAAAGUUAAUCGUUGUGUACAAAUAUGUAUUAAAUUUCCCCUCUAUCUUCCCAAUUUCUCAUCUACAACAGUGGCCCACCCAUUAUGUGAAGUAUGUUCGUAUCUUGUUUUUCAUACAACGUGUAGGUAUAUUUAAUUUUAAGUGUAGAAACUGCGUGAAUAUAAUCACAGUUAGGUAACAUUAUUCUGCCUAUCAGGAUGUUUGAUGCUUCAGAAACUAGUAUUACCUAACUAAUAAUAAUGAUGAUAAUUAUUUUUUUUUGUCUAUUGGCUUUAGUUUAAUCAAAAACUUUUUUGUUUUUUUAUUAUAGGUAAAUGUAAUACCUAAUAUCAAUAAUAAAUUGAAUAUUGAAUAUUUAUGUUCCCAAAUAGUUCUUUAAUAAUAUUGAUACAUUAUUAUAAUUAAACAUAAUUAUAUCUGCACAAUAUUUUUGAUAUAUUACUUACAGUUGAUAUAAAUUUGAAAUGGGUAUCAAGAUUUAAUUUUGAAUACAGUAAAAUUACUGUAACAUUGCCUUGUUGAUAUUUUAAAUGUAUUUUAUUUUAUUUGUUAUAGAGAAAUUAAUGGUACCUAAACGUAACUAAAAAAAUAUAAUUAUUAUUUCGGCAUUAGCAUGUAAUUAAUUAUUAAACACGUAAUAAGAGUAGAUGGGUAGCCAACCCCAUUUAUUAUGUAGGAUAAAUUAGAGGCGAAUAUGAAGAAAAUAAUAAAAUAUUGUUGUUUAGAAAAUGGAUUAGAACUUAUAAAAUAAAGUUUGUACAUAAAAUCAUCAAUUAUAUAUUUUUACUGGCCGUUUCUUAGAUUCCGAGCACAGCGAGGGAGCUAUUGGUUUUACCAAGAUGUUUAUUCCUUAUUCUUUGUUCUUUGUUCUAGACUGUGGACACAGUUUUUUCUAGUAAAUUUGCUUCGAUGUAUAAGUGUAGCAAUUUUUCGGAAAGCUCAAGUUGUCUAGAUGGAAAUUUAAAAAGGUCUUUUUCUGAUUUUCGAUUUCGUUUUUUAAAUAAAAGCAUUUAAGUAGGAAAAAACGUAGGAAAACAUACAAUUUCACGAUUUCAUUAUUUUGAAAAAACACGGACGACGUUUUCUACCAGAAAAAAUGAUUUAAUCGAAAAAUCACAAAGUACCUCUUUUGUUGCCUUCUUGAUUUACUUUCUUACGGUAUCAUCGCUAAAACUUUUGAGCCACUGUUAAGCUUUUAACGAAUUUCAAUUUUUGGGAGUUUCUUUGCUGUAAUUCGGUUAUAAAUACACGUAGAGAGUAAAGACUUAAAUCUUGAAAAUAAUACUUAUAUUGGACUUACCUAGACGUGGUGAAAUUUCCAAAAUUAUCGGAUGACUUUUUUCCUUUUUUUAAUUUUUUAACCAUGGUACUUUAUUUUUUUAUACUGUAGACUUCUUUUAUCCUAGAAAACUAAACUUGCUCCGAUGUAUAAGUGUAACAACUUUUCUGAGAGUCAAUUUUAUCUACUUGGUAAAUACAUAGGUCAUUUUUUUGAUUUUCUGGGUUAAACGAUUAACCGGGAAAAAAAAUACGAUUUUUUGUUAUUUUAAAUAAGUACCUGUCACGUUUUCUAGCACAAUUAUGGCUCCAAUUGAAAAACGACACGAGACCUUUUGUGUUAGACUAUUGAUCUUGGUUUUAAUGAUGCAGGUCGUUUUUUUUUUUUUAAUAAGCGUUUUGAAAUCAAAUUUGAAACCAAAAUCGCAAAAAAAAUGUAUGACACUUCAAAUGAUGUAUUACCGAACUGCGCUCGGAAUCGUCUUUCGUCAGCUAUGGUUUAUCGUUGUUUACAGAUGUAAAUGAAAUAACCUUAUGUAUUCCACCUUCCCCACUACCCACCUACAACAGUGGCCGCAUCCAACGCCAGUAUCAGCUCUUUAUUUUUUUUGAAAUUAUGGUAGCAUCAUAAUAUUAUUAUACAUAUAGAGUUAAACGUGAAAAAAUAUAAUAUCUACCUAUGCUAAAUAUGCCAAUAUAUAUUAUUGUUAUGAUGUAGUUUUAACUUGAUGUACAUUAUUAUUNAAAGUUUUUUUUUUUUUUUUUUUUUUGUAUCAUAUAUCGUUUAUAUGUUAAUUAUAAUAAUUGACCUAAAAGAAAAAAACUAAAUUAAAAAGCACACAACUGUUUUUAUUUAUUUUUUUUUCAUUUUUAACGGCAAAGAUGACAAAUACAGUCCUUCAGUAAAAUUUGUAAUUUUAACAUUAUAUUGAUUUCUUUUGUUAUUUACAUAUAUAUAUAUGUAUAUAUAAUAUAAUAUAUACUGAAUGAUGUUAUACUACAUCAUUGUUUUCUUACAUUGGAUAUAUAGUGAACAUUUGUGGCUUCGAUAAAUUAAAAUGUAAAAAGAAAAUAGAAAAUUCAUAAACACAAUACAUUGAUAAAAUAUGCAAUCCAAUUAAAUAAUAAAUUCACAAUAAAAGACUAGUUCUAAUUUACGUUUGUACAGAAAUAAUUUAAAUAUAUUCAAUUUGAAUUAUACAUAAUAUGUAUUAUUUAAAUUUCUUUAUAUUUCUUUAAAAAUAAAAUUGUAUAUUAUUGAUUGAUAUGGUAGCAUAUUGGACACGAGAAAAACGGAGUUGUGGAAAUUGACCUAGCUUAUUCGUGCAAACAAAACUAAUCGAAUUUCUACACUAAACUUGAAAUAAUACAUUUUUUUCGUUUCGUUAACAUUUUCUUGUGUAAAAUGUUGGUUUUUAAAUUUAUUUAGUUUUUUUAUUGAUUAAUGCGCAUUGUUAAUGCAUAUUUUGAACUGCAUAUGGGUACCUUUGGCAUACGUGGUUUGUUUUUUAUAUAGAAUAUAGAUACAUACAUUAAUUAAUGUAGUUAUAUUUAUGUAAAAUCGAUUAGUUUCCCUAAAAAAACUAUUAAUAUUUAAUAGUUAACUAUUGUAAUAAGUAGUUCUUUAAUAGUGCACUAUUUAAUAACCUAUUGUUAACUAUAACAGUUAGUAGUUGUUAGUGAAUUUUAAACUUAUUUAUGUUGGUAUACCCCGUCACCACCCGCCACCAUUUAUAACUUACUAUUUUUUAGAACUAAUAAAAAUCGAAAUAACCAAUUUAACUAAAAAUAUCGGGGGGGGGAGGGCCCCCAAUACUUUCUGAAGUUCUGACUAUCAGACUAUUGUAUCAGCUGCUAUUAAGAGAAAGUUCAGUUUGGAGUAUAAAGUUCCUAAAAAAAAUCCGCAAUUCUGAGGUGCUGCACAGCAGUAUUUAUAUAAUAUUUUGAAAUUAACCUCACCUUACUCCACAUACAUACUUAACUCUUUGCUGAAUCAAAUACGAGUAAAUGUAAACUACUUAAACAUUCAGAACCUUGAGAUCAAUAAAACUUUGUUCAUUAUUCGUAAGUGUCUAUCAGUACCGUAUCCAUUCUUUUUUUUUUUUUGGAGGUGGGAACUUAUAAUUUUUAUGUAAGCUACUAUUUUUUAGUACGAUAAAAAUUCAUCAAAAUAACCAAGAACAAAAAGAGGGGGCAUGAUUUUCGAUUAUAGUUAUUUAUUGUAAUUCUGUUGAAAAUAAUCGUAUAGUACAUAGAUUAUUGUAAAACACGAAAUACUCAUAUUAGCUUUUUCUAGACGUUAAAAAAUUUCCAAACUAUUAUGCUAGUGAUAUUUGAGUUAUUUAUAGGUAUUUGACAUUUUUGAAUUAGUUUUCAUUUAGUUUUAUACAAAUAAAAUUAUUUUAGCCAAAGAGAAAUAUUUGAAACUUUAACAUUAGUCGUUCAUAUUAUGAAAUUGUACUUAGUGGUAAUAAAAAUUGAGCGUAAUGUAGUUGGUUUUAUUUAGAAGCGUUUUAAGUUAAAUUUGUCUUAUUAAAUUUACUUUUUAAUUUUAAUUCUUUAAUUAAUUUUUUUUAAAAUUAAAAAAUACAAUAAAUAAUAAUAUAAUUAUAUUGUUGCUUUCAGUAUAUUAGCAUAUUAAAAAUACAAUUAUUAUUACCCAUCGUGAUACAAAUCUGAGGGUGUUUAAAUUUUAAUUAAAACAUAAUUGUAUCUAAUUAAAUAGCAAAAUUAUUGAACUUGAACACAAAAAAGAGAUGAAAAUGGGUUUACAUAAAUUUCGACUUAAAAAAUGUAUUUAAUUAUAACAGAUAUGAUGUGUUUCGGUUUUAAAUUUGAUAUAAAGAUGCAUGCGUUGUAACUCUUGCAAAUUUUUCCAAACUAAUGAUAUGUAUUUCUAUUAAAUAACUUUAAAUUAUGAAACUUUGAUAUUGCAAUUAUAUAUUGUAUACGUCUCAUUUGGAAUUUUAGUAAAUGGUAUUUUUCAUUAUUAUUUAUUUAAUUUCUACAAGUAAUGUUAAUUUUCUCUAAUAUUUCAGGAUAAACAAUUUAUUUAUAUAAUACAAAUUACUAUACUUAAGAAAAAUGAAAAAAGAAGAAACGACGGUCAAUGCAGAAACCGGAUUGGUUAUAAAACAAAAUCGUAAGUAUUUUUAGUGGUUAAAUACGAUAUGCUAUGCAAGCUUGACACUUAGUAUAAAUGUUGUAAAGUUAUAAUUUUGUAUAGGGUCAAUGAACUGUUCAAGAGUAUUAAAUUGCAUGGUUUUAAUUGGAUUUAUGGUCAAUUAUAUGUUACGAGUCAAUUUUACUAUCGCUAUCGUAGACAUGGUACCUAACAAUAAGCAAAAUUUUUCAAGAGAACAAGUUAACAAUAUUUCAAGUUCAUCUUUAAAUGAUACCAUUGUAAGUACAACAAUAUAUUAUACCUAUAUGUUAUAUUUACUAACGCUGAAUUUAAAAAUAUACGUAGAAGCUAUGUAUAAAUCUAUACACUUUUUCUAGUAGAUUUUUAUAUUAUAUAAAUAUAGAUAAUGUUUUAUAUUAAUGUUUUCAUAAAUAUGGUAAAUAAAUAAUUUGUCUUAUUAACACACAGAUAAAUAAUUUGUUAUAAUCGUCCUGGGAAAAAAAAAAAAUAGAAUAUAUUAGCAAAUACGCAUGUGCUGAGUAGGUACAUCGUAAAAUAUAACUAGAAUAUAAUUUUAAAACAAAUUAAACUUUUUUAAAGGUAAUUAGGUAUAAGUAUUUCAUUUCAUUUCAUAAAAUUAGAUUUCGUAAAUAGCAGAUUUAAUAUAUUAUAAUCAGUUGUGAUCGUGAGGACAUCUCUACUCUAAGUUUGAGUUUUUCUUCGUUUCUUGUUUAAGUAUCAUCUGCUACAUUUUUCCAGAAUUAAAAUUUAAGUGAGUCAUAUUACGAGAGUAACUGAUGACAAAAUAUACAAGGUACACAAAUUGGAUACACUUAGUUAAUUAGGAUCUAGUUAGAAUUUUAUACAGUUAAAUAAAUAUAUUUCAAAUUAAUAACGAUUAAAUCUUAAAUAUAAAUUAUCAAUCACUUAUAGUUAGUAGGUAAAUCGACCUUAUUUCUGAUAACAUCAUUUUUUUUUUGAAAAACUAGAAACUUUUGAAGAGCCAGUUAACUAUAGGUAAUACAAUUUAGUACCUAAUAAUACAAUUAUUUUUUUAAUUAUGCUAUUGUAUACAUUAUGAUGGACGAAUUGAGUAUACAAAUGCAGUCUGGUCUAAUUAUGUAUAAGUGUAAUAAGAACUCGAUUCAUUUCCCAUGUAAUAUUUUAUUUGCAUAAGCUUUUCAGCACUAAUUAUUUGUUACUAUAGUGUUACUACUUUAAGAAAUCGGUUCUUAUAAGAAAAUAUUACCCUUGAAUUUAAUUUCACUAGUUUAUGACAACAUAUUGUUGGUCAGUUAUUUUACUUCAUUGGCACGAAAUCUGAAAGUUUUUGGAUGUACACCAAAGUAAAAACAUUGGUUUUACUAUGACGAUAUAUAUUAUUAUAAUCUAAUUUUAUUUUGGUGUAGCCCAUUAAACACUUUUCUCAGUAAAUUUAAUUAUAUUAAUAAGACAUCAUUUCGUACAGAAAUCAGAAAUUAAUUAUCUAUUGGUUAUUGAAAGAGAAUGAUCAGCUCUAAAAAUAAUAUUAUGUCGGUUAAAAGUAAAAAUUUUAAUUUUAUUUAUUUAUAAAAUUAUAUAAAUACAAAAUAUUAGUUAUAGCCUAUAGGUAUGCUGUUUGAAUGAAAUUACUUUUAUAAAAAAAAUCUCUUUGGGAGAAAAAUAAUAAAAUAUUAUAAUAAAUUCAAUUUAACAUGUAUUGAAAUGCCGUGAUUUUUACAAAUUUCAUCAAAAUUUGAACUUAAAAAAAUGUAUUAAAAUAAUACUAUAUUAUGCUCACCUUCCUUUUUUAAAUACAAACUAUAACUUAUGACACAUAUCGUUUAAAAUUUUAAUCAUUUCGACAAAACAAAUUUAAAAGACACUCGAAAAUGUUAAAUGCCUAUAUGUGGAAUGUAGAUAGUUCAAAAAUUUCCGGAAUAGUUUGAAAAUGUUGUCACUAUAAAAGUGCAAUAUAAGUAGACAUUCUGUGAAAAUUAUAGGUCUCUGCGAUUAUUUUUAACCUGAAUUACAACAAUAAAAUAAAGUGAAAUAAAUACAAUUCAUGUUGUGUUCAGAAUCUAAAUAAGUUUAACGUAAUGUAAUAGAUUAUUUUUUAAAAUUUAAAUUUCAAAUUGUUUAAAAAGUUUUAAAUUCAAAUUAUAAAAUAUUAUUCACCUAUAACUACAUUCUUAACUUUCCACCUACACCAGUGGCACAUUUAUCAGCAAUUACAGCACUUUUAUAAAUAUAUUAAUUUAGUCUUAAAAUGAUUGUUGUACAUUUUUUCAUUUUUUUCUUUUUGGUGUUAAUGAAGUAAGAAUUAAGAAUAAUGGGAAUUGCAUUAUUUACUGUUUACUGCCAAAAAGUUUGAGUACGUGAUCUUUUGUUUAUCGGCUAUAUAAUUUUCUUACAAUAUAAACCUGCCAUUGGUGUUAUUAUUUAUAUUAAUUCAAUUAUUAAACUUUUUUCUAUUUUAAGUUGAAUUUGAUAAACCUAGUGUAAUAGUUCUGUAAGAAUUUUAAUGAAAAUAAACGUACGAGGAAAGAGGUAUAGAGAAAGACUGAAAAAGAGGUGGUUGGAUCUAAUUGAAAAUGAGGACAACUAGUGUAUGCGAGGUGGGAGAUCGUAUCAAGUGGAAGUUAAGCAUAAGGAUGGCCGACCCCAAUUAGUUUGUAUGAAGGUGAAUAAGAAGAAGAAGAACAAAUGUAUUAUGAUUAAGUAUAGUAUUAUGAUUACAAUAAACAUUACGCAUUUUCAAAAUCAAUUAACUAUUAUCGUUGAUUGGUAUGAAAAAAUAACAAUAGAAAAAUUUAAUCUGUAAUAAUCUAGAUAUAACUUAAGUUACUUAUAUUAGUUUAAUACACUAUCGACAAUGUUCAAGAAAAAUUGCAAUUUUAAUGGCCUAGACCUUUGAACCCACGAGCAUAUUUGUACACGACGCAUAAUAAUAUGUUAGUGUGUCUCAUGAAAGUGUUAUUAAUGACGUGAUACUAUAGCGUUUAGAUAAUGACGUUAAAAUGGUUUUAGAUACAUUAACACAUGUUUUUUUUUCUAUUAUUUUCCCAUAAAUGUACAGUAUGAACUGGUAUUAAAUCUGAAAUCAUUUUCAUUUCAGUUCUUUAUUAAUAGAUUCACCAACUAUAAUAGGUAUUUAAAGGAUGACAUGGCAAUUUUUUACGCUUUUCUAUUCCUUUGGUCUAAACUUUAAACUGUUAUAACUCAUAAACGGUAAAUCUGAUAUUAGUGUUAUGCAUAUCAAAAUGUCUAGAAAAAUAUUCUCUAUUCAAAUAUGUGUUCAAAAAGGGGAGUUCUUAUUUGAAAAUCAAAAGUGUGCAUUUAUUUAAGGUAUAUGAAGUUGAGAUAAAAAAUAAAAAAUGGUUUUAAAAUAAAGCUUAAACGAUUCAAUAGUGAUUAGAAAGAACAGAAAGUUCACUUAAAAUCCUCUGAGAUAAUUGCUGGUUCAUGAUAAAAAAAAUCACUCGGUAUUUUUUUAUUGUCAUAAAAUUAUUAAAAGAAUUUAUUAUAUAUAUUCGUAUACGUAUUAUUAUUAUUUAUGCUACACAAUUUUUAUAAAUUUACGCCGUAGAAUUUUGGAAGAUGUAAGUUAUAACUAAGAUAACUAGUACCUAAUGGUUCACAUUUAGAUCAAAGUUCGAUUUCAUUUAUAAAUUAACUAAUUUUCAGCUGACCUAUUAUUAUUAUUAUUAUUAUUUUAAUGGCCUGACUAACGAAUUAUAGUAAAUGAAUUAUUAAAUAAUGAUAUAUAUAUAUAUAUAUGUAUAAGUAUAAGUAUAAGUAAGUUAUCUAGGUAUCAUGUUUUAAAUUAAGUAACGAAGUAUUCGAAAUAUUUCAUAACAACAUAUUAUAUUAUAUUAUGUUUUAAUGUGUUGUUCAAUAAUUUAACACAUUUAACAUUAAUAAUUGAUUAUGUUUUGAUUUUUAUCGAUAAAUCAUUAUUAUUAUUAUUACUAUUAUUUAUUUAUUAUACACAAUAUCAAUGUACAGUGUACACUUUUAAUUUUGAUAAUAUACAGAAAGAUAAAAUCGUUUUAAUGCAUUUGUACCUACCUAUUAUUUAAAUAGUUUAAAAUAUAAUUUAGGCACAUUUAUUUAUUUCCUUAUAAAAAUAAAAACAAUAUUCCCAAUAGCAAUAUUAUGUACAAUAUAGCUGUGAAUCUGUGAUAAUAUGUAAGUAAAAUUAACUGAUUUUUUUGAACAAUUUGAAGAAUAUAAAUAAUUUCGAUGAUCGGUGCAAGUAUAGUUUACUUUAACCAUUUCAGAAAUAAAUUUGUUUGUUAUACAAUAAUCUUGAACAAUUCCUUCUUUUAUAUACCUUAGCUAAACCCACAAAGGUUUUUUAUUUUAUUUUAUUUUUUAUCAUUUCCUCCCUUAUUUUAUGAUUAACUAUUGAAAAUAAACAUACUAUUUGUAAUCUAUUAUAAAACUAUUAAAUUAUUAAACUAAUAUAUUAUUAUAUUAUUAUAAUAUUAUAAAAGAUGUAAAUAUUCUAGUAGCUAUUCAGGUAUUCUGGUAUAAUUGCUGAGGAAAAGAUAUACAUCGAUUUUUUAAAAUAUAAUAUGUAGGAAUAUAUAAUAUUAUAACAACAUUAAUUAUGAUUAUUUUUAUAGUAUUUUUAAUCAAUGAUAAAUGAUAAUGUUACGUUAAGAAUUAUAAAUCAGUUGAAUAUAAAAAUUAAUGCUAUAUAAUCUAUUUAAUAUAGGUAAUAAUAAUUAUUAAUAAUAUGUAGUUAUUUGAAUAAAGUUAAAUAAGUAAACAUACGAUUUUAAUAUUUUUAUCAAUUGCAUUUUUAUAAAUUGAUCCGAGGUCAUGAAAUAAACUAAUAAUUUAUUUUAUGAAUUUAUAUUUUUAGCCCCUAGGGUGUAUAUUAAAUAAGUCUUAUAGGUAUUUAUUUGUUCGUAGUAAAUACUAUCGGUUAUAUGUUAUGGGCCUAUUCCAGAUAUUGCUUCGUAGCCCGGAGGAAGUAAAAAUAGUUAAUCACUUAUCAGUAAUAAUCAUUUAGGGCAUUAGAUCACGGUAUAUAGUUUAAAACUACUUAAUACCGAUUUGUGCUAUUUUUUUUCACGAUUAAUUCAUGGCCUUUGGCCUUCUGAUAUUGGUCUUAUAAGUAGGUUAGGUACCUAUUGACAUUUUUAUAUAUAUAUGUCUAUAAAGAUAGACUACCUACACGUUUUUUUUUUUUUUUUAUUUUGUUAUUUAAUAACAAUUGCCUUAGUAACAAAUUAUUUAUUAUGUAAAUACUAUGACGAUCGUAACAAUAUGAUAAUAUCGAUGUUGGUAAUCAACAAUAUUUUGUUGAAAUAGGUGUUAUAUCGGUUAAAAUAUUAUAUUAAUAAGCGAUAAAUAAUUUGUAGGUAAUUUUUAUAUUAUAUUUCGGUUUAAAUUUGUUAACCUUCAGUCAAUAAAAAUACAUUAAAGGUUUUAAUAUGGUAAAACACCAAUAGGUACACUAAGUUUUUGACAAUUUCUUAUUUUUUGAAAUUUAGUUAAUAUUUAAAAUAUUUUUUCAAAUAUAAAAAUAGAUAGGAUACAAAUAUAGAUAUUUUUGAACUAGUUUCAGUUAUUAGGUAUUAUUAUUAGGGAUGAGAAGUUAUGAGUAGGACUUGCAUGGUUUUUUCUAGGCCUCAAUUUUAUGGCAAACUAACAUACAAAAUAUAGGUCAUAAACACUAGGUAAAGUUUAAAUAUGAUUUUGUUUUCUUUCAUACUUUAAAGAUUUUCAACAAAAACGAAUAUCUAAUUAUUUGAAACAUAUUUCACAAAUAUGAAUGAAAAAAUUCGGUGUAAUAUGGUAAAAAAAUGUAAUAAUGGUAAACAAUUUGACCAGAAUAUCAGAAAAUGUAGAAAUUAUUUAACUUUUUAUAAACUCGCUAAUAAUAUCUACUGACCAUAGACGUCUUGAGGUAUUUUUCUCUAAAAACAUACUGGCUGUAAAUCGGUGAGCAUUUAAUGUAAAAAACAAAGAUGUUUAAAAAAACAUUAGUUGUACAAUGUAAAACGUGCUAAAGACGUGUAACACAUGGUAAAAGUUUAAAAAGUUUAAGAACCGUGUUUGUUUUAAUUAGAUUAUUUAUUAUUUUUAUUCUCAACAUAAAUCAUGAUUUUAGAACUAAAUUAAGAUUUAAAUAAAGUUUGAUUAAAUUAAUAUAUAUUUUACUAUAAAAUAAUUAUAAUAUUCAAUAUACAAUAAAUAAUGCAUUUUUUAAAUAAAUUAUUUUACUCAAUUUUCUUUUGCAUAUUUUCGAUUAUUUGAUUUUUAGUUUAUAAUUAAUAAUGUAUUAUAAUACUCGUACAUGUACAAACACUUCUAAACAAAUAUAGAAAUUACAUUUUUGAGACUAUUAUGUUUUAAUUUUUAUUGUGUAGGUACUUAUAUAUUCAAAAUAUUUAACCUAAUAAUAAAUAUAUAUAAUUUAAUUACCUGUAACCUGUAACACUAUAUUAAUUAAUUUUUUUUGCAUAUCAGCUAGAUUCCCAUGUUUUUUUGUGUUGUACCUAUUUAACUAAAUUUAUCUCAAUCCCUAGCUUUAAACAAUCUAGCUUAUAUUUUAAUAGUAUUACACUUGACUAUUAUGUCAAAGUUAUUAAAUUUUAAGUUUCGCACGUGUAGCUGUACUCAUAAAUUAAAGAAUUCGUAUUUUAUUUUUAUGUAACCAAAUGAUUGCGAAUAACGUGAAUAUUACAAUAAUUUGUGUAAUAAAAGUAAGAAUUUAUAAGUAUAUAUAUUCGUAACAAUAAUAAAAGUUAUUUUAUAUUGUUAAAAUUUGAUACUUAUAGGUUUUUUUUAUAGAAUAAAAUGACUUAUUUGUGUAUAACUAAUUUUGUAUGACAUUAAUUUAGGUUUUGUUUAACAUGUUUAAAUUAAGAUUAUUUAAAUUAAUUUAAAUACUGCAGUAUUCAGAAUUAGAAAAUAAUGAUAAAUAUAAAUUAUCUACGUAGGUCAGUGGUACCCAAGAGAGUGGCUAUACGGGUCUAAUGUUCCAAAUAAAUAACUUUUACUUGACUCUAACAUACCUGUUUGAUUUUAUUUUUUUAUCACACAUAUAUAUUUAUUAUAAAACUGGUAGUAAAUUAUAUAGUAAAAAUAUUUCAUUAACUAAACCAAAAUAACUCGAAGGAAAGACGCACAGGAAGUACUAAAUAUAUAUUUAUAUUAUGCAGGUGCUUACUAUAAGAAACACACAUUAUUAUUUCUUAUCUAUAUUGAAAGUUGAAAUAUGAUUAUGUAAAUGAUAUAUUUUCAAAGUUACAUGGCUAAUCCUUGGCUCAUCUUACGAAUAAAAGUCAACAUUAUAUUAUGUACCUACAUUCUAUAUUUAUAUGUUUCAUUUUCUGUCAUAACUCACAAGUAUUUAGGAAUGUGUUUUAAAAAUGGUUUCUCCUGAAUCUUUAUUAUAGUAGCUACAGGUGUUGUCUGAAAUUUUAAAAAAAAUCAUGCUCUUGUAAAAAAAAAUAUUAUUACUUUAUAAGUAGGUACCUAAAUAUAAUACACAUCAUUAAAUAAUGAUUGCUAAAACUAAUAGGUAACAAUAAAAAUUCAAUAUCAAUUCAGAAAACUUGGAUGUUUAAACAAAAUAAAAUAAAUAAAUUCUUCAAUAAAACUCGUAUUACACGUUUAAAUACAUAAUAUUUAUCAUAUAUUAUAAGUGAACAUUGAUUUAAUGGAAAAUUAUCGAUCAGUGUAAAAAAUAUUUAUCGAACAAUAACAAUUAUAAAUUAUAAUAUUUUACUAUGCUGUUUAACAUUAGCUACCUAAUAAUUCCUAUUUAGCCGCUCCCAAAUUUAAAAGUAGUAUGUUUCAUAAUACCUACUAUAAAGAUUAUUUUUACGUGUGUAUUUUAUUAACGAUAAAAUUUAUCAGGAAAUUGAUUUGUUUAUUGUACUUAGGUACUUAUUAUGCACUUUGAUUUAGUUGUUGAGCUAUAGUUCGUAAAUACAGUACAAGUAUAACUCAAUAAACAAAUUAAUUUAAGUGAUCAGAUUACAUUUUUUUACAGUAAACUGCAGCAAUUAUUAUAAUAUUAUUUUAAAAUUUAAGUCAAUAAAUAUUAUAAAUAUUUUGUAUUAAAAAAAUAAUACUGAGUAGAGCUUGGUGUAAUUAGUACCUAUGUACAGAUUUAUACACAUAUGUUGUACAUUUAAAUAUAUUAUAUUUAAUACAUAUGGUACUUGCAUUAUAUUUUCGUUUUUUAUCUAAUAUAAACAUAUGUCUAUGACAUCUGCAGAUAAUAUCUUUUACCAACAUUCUGCUGAUGAUGUCACGCGAAGGGUCAAGGUUUUUUUUUCUAAUUGUAUGGUUUAUUUUAGUAUUUUGAUCGUAAUAAACCUUGUUAUUUUAAAAUCGAAAUUUGAUAAUGGCUCAAUUAAUAAAUACAAAGGUGAACAAAAUAAGGAUAUUAUAAAAUGUUUUGUAUCUAAUGUUUGUUUUCGCACAUUAAUCUUUGACAGAUAGUUUUGAAUAUUUUUAAAUUCAAAUAUUUAACAUAUUUUAUGAGUUAAGACAAAUAUAUAAAAGGUACGAUUUAAAAUGUCCCGUACUUAUAAUAAAUAAAUCUUGGAUCCCUAUAAUCUAUAGCAAAUUACUAAAAUUACUGCAUGUUAUACUACAUAAAAAAAAGUCAAAUACAUACCUCAAACAUAUGCAAAAUACAAUGUAAUUUUUUAUUUCUUACUAAAUAUAUUAAACGAAAUUAGUCAUUACCAUAUUCUACAUUUUUAUUAUUAUUAUUAUUAUUUUGAAUUUCUAUAAAAUAUACCUACUUAAUAAAGUUGAAAAAGAGCAUUGUUUAUAGAAUUCGUACAGUUAUUAAAAAUAAAUUUCUAAAAUGGGUUUUAUACUUCACUAUGAAAAAUAAUAAUAUACAUAUAAUUUGAAUUUGGCCACGCGCCAUUAAUUUUGUUAUUUUUACUUUUAUAGUUUUAAUUGGUACAGCAUCUAUUUUAUAAAAUCUACAGUUUUAAUAUUUUCGUUACAUAAUAAUAAUCUAUAUAUAAAAGGUAAGUAAGUACCUGUAUAAUUUUAUAUGCCUUAUCUCGCAUCCAUGCUGUGAGAACCUUUUUUAAAUUUAUAUUUCAAAGUACAUACUAAAAUAGUAAAUUAUUAACAAAAUAUAAUACUCAUUAAAAAUAGAAGUAGGAAAGAAGAGAAAAGGAAGACCGACAAAUAAGUAGUUGCAUGUAGAUGCGAUUGAAAACUGUGUGAAAAUGGAUAGUGUGAGGAUGCUGUUGGUGAUUGGGUCAAGUGGAAGUUUAGAACAAGGCUGAUCUACCCCAAAUAGUUGGGAUGAAGGUAAAGGAAAAGAAUAAGAAGAUAUUACAUUUUGCACGGGUACUAUUUUCUUUCUUAAAUAUAUACGUAUUUUACAAGUUUAGUUUUAGAAAACCCAGUGACAUAAUUCAAUAUUUGUGUGUAGCUACAUUAUCUUUUUAUGAGUUGUAAUCCAUUUGGAUAUAAGUUGUCAAAUAUUUGAGUAGGUACCUACUUCAAUAGAGACACUGCAACUGUAUAGUUAAAAUUAAAUUAAACGUGUAGAUACUUAAAUAUAACAGUAAUAUUAAUCAUAAUUGUUAACAUCAGUUAAUAAUUUAUAUAUUUAAAAACAUUGAAAUAUGAAUAAAAAAAUGUAUGAAAAAAAAAAUAGUAAGAUACCUAUUUCAUGAAUAUUUAUUUGGGGCAUCAUUCGAUUGCGUCCCGUUUUGACCUUUUUAAAACUUUUCUAGUUUCGUUUACGUCCGGUUUUGGCAGGUAUGCAUUCGAUUGCGUCCCAAAUAAAAAAUCGUGAACUUCCAUUGCGUCAGAUUUUAACAACUAUGCAUCCGAUUGCAUCUCAAACGAAAAAUUAUGAAAACAUAAGCCAUACAAAUUUAAAAUAAUGAAAUCGUUACGCCGUAAUUUGAAAAAAUCGUACUUUUCGUCUUCUUUGGUUUUUCCCAACUAUUAUAAAAAAUACGUUGGAUAUCAAAAACCAACUUUCUUUGUCAGUAGCUAUAUGUUAUUAGAAACAAAAUUGAUCUCAUAUUAUUUUUCGAUUGGAGCAAUAUUUCUUUUAGAAAACAUAAGUUGUAAAAAUUAAAAAUAUUGAAAUCCGUAUUGCCGCGUCGCAAUAAAUAUUUGCCUUUUUACCUACCUAUAAUUUUAAUUCGGGUCUUUCCCAAUUAUUCGAAAACCCCAUAGAAAAUCAAAAAAAACCUCUCAACUGUACCAACUAAAAUAAAUUUCCUCUCAGAAAAGGUACUAUACUUUAUACAUCGGAGUAAGAUUUCUUUCGAAAAGUUGUUAAAAAACAAAAAAAAAAAUCAAGAACGAAUUCCUAAUAUUGAGAAAAACCAAAAAUUUAAAAUUGAUUAAUAUUUAUGGCAACGUAGCGUCAUGGUUUAAUUACUUUAAUAUGUUAUACGUUAUGUGAUUCGUUUCGUUUUAUGAUAUCUAAAGGAUUUUUUAUAAUAAUUGGGAAAAAUUAAAAAGACGAAAUAAACGUUUAUUUUUCAAAUUAUGGCAUAAAUAUUUUCAACAAUAGAAAAAUAAAGUAAAAACAAAAUUAUCAAAUUGUACAGGUAAAUAAAUAUAUAAAUGAAUAAAUAAAUGAAUAAUUUUAUUAUUUUAAAUUUAUACAGCUUAUGUUUUCUACCAUAAAUAUUGCUUAAAAAAAAAAAAAACAAUAAGAAAUCUUUUCUGUUUAAUUUUUAAUGUGGUCGGUAACUCAAGAAAGUCAAUUUUUGAUUUUGUUUGCAGUUUUUUUAAUAAUUGAGUAAAUCUGAAAAAAAAAUGCAGAAAGUACGGGAAAAUGUACAAAAAUAGUGCAACUAUUAUUUUUAAUUUUGUUUUUUCGUUGUUAUUCAGGUUAAAAUAUUUGUAGAUUUACAAUUUUAACAGAAUAUGUAUACUUACUUUUUCUAAACGUGGUAAAACUGCUAGUUAUUUUUGAGCUAUUUAUUGAUAUUUUAAUUUUGCGUGUUUUUUUACGUAAUUUUUAUUUGGUAGGAACUAUGUAGAUCAAUGUUUAGACGAAACAGAAAUGCUUUAAAAUUUGAUAGUAGGUUCAUUAGAAAUCGUACUUAGUGGCCAAAAAAGAAAUAGUUUAAUGCAGUAUUUUUUUUUCUGUACAAAAGUUUUAAAAUCAAAUUUUGAUGAAAAUCAUAAAUAUUACGGCCUUUCAAAAUAUGUAUAAUUGAACUUCGGUCUAAAUCGUUGUUCGUUAUCAAUGGUUUAUCGUUGGUUUAAAUUACUUUAUAUAUCCCACCUUCCCCACUACAUGCCUACAACAAAGGCCGCACUUGUCUCCAGUAUCAGGUCUCUUUUUUUUUAUUAAUUUAUUAUAAAAAUAUAAUCACAACCUAUAAAUUAUUAGGUUUACAAUAAUAUAUGAUCUGAGCAUGAAAUAUUGUGUAUCAAAGACCGAGGUACCUAUUUACAUACGUGUACCUACCUACCUACAAUACCUACUUAAUGCUAAAUUUGAUAAUAUACGUAUUUUUUUUUUUUAAAUUAUAUUUGAAUUAAAAAUUUGUUUUUAGGCUACCACGAGUAAAACAUAUUCGAAUUCAUCCAAUGGGAUGAAGUUUAUUUGGUCCGAGUAUGAACAGAAUUUUAUAUUGGGCAGCUUCUAUUGGGGUUAUGUUCUUACGGAGUUGCCAGGCGGUCGUUUGGCUGAAAUGAUCGGAGCCCGACCAGUUUUCGGUUACUCUAUGCUAUUAGCGUCUAUGGUUACACUAUUGACACCUAUGGCAGCGAAAAUGGGCUUCUAUUUCAUUAUAAUUUGUAGAGUAAUAUUAGGUUUUACUUUAGUGAGUAUUGUAUUUAAUUAUUGAUAAUCAAAAUUAUUUUUUUGUAUUUUGAACCAACCAAGAAUAAUGUUUUAAAUGUAGAAUAAAAAAUUGACCUAUAUAUCAUAUUGUGUAUUUACCUAUUACUUUCAUUCAUUAGUAAUUUAUGAAUUUAUUUAGAGGAAAAUGUUUUUUAAGACAUUCAAAUAAUAUUAAUGAUAUAGGUAAGUACACAAUAUUUAUAGAGCUACUUUUUUAUAUGAAUGAUAUAUAUGAUUUUAUAUGAUAUAGUCCCUACGUGUAUAAUGAUAUCAUUUUGUUAUUUAUAUAUCUUCAGAAUUUCAAUAACAGAUAUUUUUAUGUAUCCUCAACAUUUGUAAUAUUAUCUUUAAACCGAUAAAUCUUAUAUUAUAUUAAUAAUAUAAGGUUUAUCAGAUUUAUCAAAAGUUAUAUAAUAAUACCUAAUUAUUAUUAUAUCAUUUUCAUUUUAAAAAUUGAGAAUUACUUGACUUUGUGAAAAAUACUUAAAAAGUCAAGAAGUAAAUUUUUUUCUAUAAUUAAUAUGAGAUUCAAUCACCUAUCUAAUUUUGAUAAUUUAAAAUUUUUUUUGAAAAAUCAAAUUAUAUAUUUCAUAAUUAAUUAGAACAUUUAGAAAUACUUUUUUUGUUCUUGUGGCGUAGUAAAAUAUUUAUAAUAGUAGGUAUUAUUUCUAAUUACAGUUAAUUUAAAAUUCUCCACCAAUCAUUUAUUAAGCAAAAUUAUAAUGUACUUCAAUUAUAUCUAAUUUCUGUAUAUUAUCUUCAUAUUUUAGGGUGUAACAUGGCCGGCUAUAUUGCCAUUAGCUGCCAAUUGGAUCCCACCAAAUGAGCGUAGCAAAUUCAUGGCCAAUAUGAUGGGUAAAUGGAAGUUUAUUAAACAUUUUUAUUUUUAUUAAUGGCAAUGUACAAUAGAUAUGACCUCUUUAAAUUAGCUAUAUAGAUCAAAAUUAUUCAGUUACAAACCUUUAUGGCUUUGUUAAUUACUUUAAUAUGUGAGGAGGAAUACUGUAUUUUAAUUUAUUUAACUAGGUACUGUACAAAAUUAAAUUCUUGGUAACUAAUUUUAAACUCUUUGAACCCUUAAUGUUUAGUAUCACAAAUGUUAUAUUGUCAAAACUAGUUUAAUAUAUUGAGAAGCAAAUGAUAUACAUGGGUACCUAAUUAAUUUGCCUACUUUCUUAAUUUUUUUAAAAAAAUUGUCUGCUUGAAUAUUAUAUAAUAUACACCAUGAACAGUUAAAGUGUUGAAUCAAUUAGUUUAUGAAAUAACAAGGUUUUUAAAAAUAUAACUAAAAUGCAUAUCUAGGUAUCUAAUGAACAUAAUACAGAAUGUACAUUUUGUUUAAUUUAGUUUAUACAUUUCCAUUUCUAACAUCAUUGAUCUGUUAAACAAAUAAAAUACUGAACAAUACAUGUAUUGUCAUUUACUGCCCAAUGUAAUAAUAGAUCAGAUCAAUGGCAUGGCAAACUUAAUAAUCUAAUGAGGCACAAUGAUUAAAUUUAUACCUACCAUACACCACACACUAUGGGCGGAUAGAGUACCCUCAUGAAAAAAAUACUAAUGACAUUUUUAGAUUCUUAGUGAAGCGAAAAAUCGUAUUGUUUUACAAAGAUGUUUAUUUCUUUUUCUUUUUUUAUUAAUCUGUGGAAAACUUUUCUACCAGAAGUCUUGCUCUGAGUUUUAAGUGUAGCAUCUUAUCUGAAAGGAAAUCGGUGUGGAAAGGUAUUUUAAGGAGGUCAUUUUUCCGAUUUUUUCAAGAGUUUUCCCAGCAAAUCUGAAAACCUGGAAAACCAGAAAAAACAUAGGAAAAAUGGUACAAUAUUAAACAAAUAUUAUUAAAAGAAAUACAUAAUGCAUAUGCAAUUAUUUUACCAUAAUAUGACAUAUAUUGUUGACUAAGUAACACUUAACCUCAACCUUAAGAAUAUAUAAAUGUAUACCUAUCCUACUAAUACUUAACAUUAUUGUGAAGAAUUAUUCUAACUUAAAACAAAUAAUAAUAAUUUUUUUUUACUCAAAUUUAUUACAAUUUUAUUUUAACUAUAUUUGAAUUAAUAUAAAAUGUAUUUAAUUUUAAUAAUUUCAGCUUCAACUUUAGGAGCAGCAUUUACUUUGCCAAUUUGCGGUAUACUUAUAUCUGCUUGGGGCUGGGAAUCGGUGUUUUAUAUAACUGGUCUCAUAGGCAUUGCAUGGUCUGUGAUGUGGUUUAAUUUAAUUUUUGAGACACCUGCCGAACAUCCUAGAAUUUCUGAAUAUGAAAGAAAUUAUAUUGAAACACAAAUUGCUAAGCAAAGCAGUCCUGGUACUAAGGUAUAUUAUUUGCUCAAAAGUUAUACAAAUUUAUUUAUUUAUUUACAGUAAUAUAAUACCAUUAUUUUUUUAUUAUAACUUAAUGUUAUUUAUACAUAUUUUAGAUUCUAAAUGGAGUGAAGAAGUGCUCGAUUGCUCGCAUUUUCCUUCAUUUCUUUAAACGUUUUUACCCUUACAAUCUUUUUUUAUUUAUUCAUUAUAAGAGUUUCAAGUGCGUUCUACUGUUUACUUUCCCUCUAUCAUACCCUCUAUGAUUAUAUUAUGCAGUUCUUCUGGGUGUCUCAGGGCAUGUCCAAUCAUUUUUAUUGUUCUAAUUGUAUCUGUGAAUGUCCGUUUUUCCUUUACAGUUCUUAGUACUUCUUCAUUUGUUUUUCUCUCCAUUCAACUUAUCCCUUCCAUACGCUUCCAGCACCACAUUUCAAAAGCCUCCAGGUUUUUCUUUUCAUCAUUGUUUAUGACCCAUGUCUCACUUCCAUAUGCUGCAACAAUCCAUAUAUAUGUUUUAAUGAGCCUCUUCUUAAUAUUGUGCUGCAACUUUUUCGACGUAAAUAGUUUGUGUUUCUUGCUGAAGGCAAUUUUUGCCAAUGCUAUACGCUGUUUGAUUUCUCUGGUGCUCUUACUAUCAAAUGUUAAUUUGCUCCUCAGAUACACCAUUUCCUCUACUUGUUCUAAUUCUUUACUAACUAUGUAUACCUCGACAUUUAUUUUUGGGUCUUUGGCUGGCACCUCUUUGUUUUUUGCUAUUUAUUUUCAUUUCUGAUAUUCUGAGCAUUUCAGUCAUUUCAUCCACUGUACGGUUGAAUGUCACUUUCACUCUCUGCUAUCAUCACAAAAUCUGCAGAUCUUAUCAUUGAGACAUUUUGCCCUCCAAUUUUGAUUCCAAAGUUUAGUCUUGUUCACUUUGCUUUUACUUCAUUUAUAGUUUUUUCAAUCUAGCAAUUGAAAAGUGGAGUUCAUAACGUACAUCCUUGUCAGACUCCUUAUUUAUCUGUGUGCUAGUAGUUAUUUCUCCUUUAUGAAUACUGGCUGUCUGAUUUUUGUACAGAUUAUGAAUUAUUCUUAGGUCCUGUUGUUCUAUACCUAUUUCUCGUAGUGAGAUAAGCAUUUUAUUCCAGUUUACUUUACGAAUGAUUUUUCUAAAUUUAUAAAGGCCAAAUAUAUAGUUUUAUUUCCGUUAAUCUGCUUUUCAAUCAGUACUUGUAGUUAUAGAAUUGCUUCUCAUGUGCCUUUUUGCCUCCUAAAUUCAAACUGGUUAUUUUCUAAAUACUCUUCCACUUUUCCCUCUAUUCUUUGGUAUAUUAUUUUUGUUAAGAUUUUUGAGGCAUGUGUUAGCAGGCUCAGAGUUCUAAACUGUUCAAAAGAGCUUGCUCCUCUUUUUUUUGGUAUAGCUACAGUAAUAAUUCGGUGCCUCUCCUUUAUCAUAGAUAUCACUAAUUAGUUGGUAUUAACGCAUCCUUUAUCUUUGUACUGGCACAUUGCAGUAGUUCUGCUACUAUAUUAUCUACUCAAGGUGCUUUGUUUUGUUUUAGAUUGUUUAGUGUUAGGUAAAAUUCUGAUCUUAGAAUAGUUAGCUUCAUCUUAAGAAAAUAUAUAGAGCCUAUUUAAUUAUUUUAAUAUAAUAUGGCAUAUAUAUUAUUGAAUAUAAACUGAACUCCACUUGGAAUUGUUUUUUCAUAAACAAUGGUUUGUAUCAUUGUUUACAGGCAUACAUUAAAUUGCCCAUAACAAUGGAUUUACCCGUCCCCAUUAUCCGUAGACCUUUUUAUAAUUUGAUAAGUUAAUUUUAUAGAUAGACCAAAAAAGGUUGAAUAAGUUCAAUAACAUUUGUCUACAGUAAAUAGUCCAAAUACAAAUAUGUAUAUUAAAACAUUUUUUACUCACACACACACAAAAUGAAAGAUAUUUUGUAUUUAUUUUAUUUAUUAAAAAAUGUACUUAUGAUAGGUAUAUUAUUAAUAUGAUUCGUUUUACAUCUUACAUAUUUUAUAUAGCCACAUAAGUUACCAUGGAAGAAUAUACUUACAUCAUUACCAGUGUGGGCUAUUGUUAUUACCCAUGGAGCCAGUGUAUUUGGUUAUUUUACUAUUGUUAAUCAGUUACCUACAUAUAUGAAAUAUUUACUUCAUUAUGACAUCAAAGCGGUAUAGUUGAUUUACUUUAAUUAUUUUAAUAUUCAAUAUGUAUAUUGGAUUCUAUUAGACAUGAUUAUACUUAUAAAAUAAUCUGAUUAUUGGAAUUAACUUUUUAGAACGGACUAUUAUCCAGUCUUCCUUAUUUGGGUAAAUUUUUUAUGGCAUUUACUGCUGGAAUAAUUGCUGAUCGUAUUCUCAAUGCUGAAAAAAUGACAAAAACAAUGACAAGAAAAAUUUUCACUGCAAUUGGUAUUUGACUAAUAAUAAUAUUUCUAUUAAAUGUUUCUUAAAUGAUUCUAAUCUAUGUAUUAGAAUAUUAAUUAUGUAGUUUUACUUUUAUGCUUUAUGAAUCAUAUUUAACAAAUUAUUUAUAUUUACAGGCGUAUUUGCUCCUGGUUUAUUGAUGAUCCUACAAGCCUAUUUUGGAGAAAAUGCAGUGUGGUCAGUAGUUAUAUUCACUAUUGCAUUAACGUUAAAUGGAGCUGUGACAGGGGGUUAUCUGGGAAAUGGUUUAGACAUAGCUCCAAAUUUCUCUGGUAUAUACAAAUGUCUACUACAUAUUUGUAUCAACAAAAUAAAUGUAAACUUAUUAUAUUUUAGGUACAAUAUUUGGAAUGGCCAAUACUUUGUCUUCCUUUGGAGGAUUCUUAUCUUCAUACAUUGUGGGAAAACUUACAAAUAAUAAUGUAAGUAUAUUAAUGAUUUAAAUUUUAAAAAAAUAGACAUACUUCACACAAAGAGUGAGUCACUGUUUUGGUGAAAAGUUGAGAAGGUAGAAAGAAAUUAUAUUUUUUAACUGUACAGAAAUAUUAAUCACUGCUAAUGAAAAACAAUUCUGUGCGGAGUUCAGUUAUACACGUUUUAAAAGGCGAUAAUAUUUACAAUUUUUAUCAAAAAAUUUGAUAAUAAUACUUUUAUAUAUAUAAAAAAAAAAAACUAUGUUACGUUCAACUUUAUUUUUUUUACCACCAAGUACGACUUAUAAUGAAUCUCUUGUUAAAUUUUCAAGCAUUUCUGUUUCGUCCAACAAUUUUAUUCACAGAGUAUAAGUAUCUACCAAAUAAAAAUUAUGUAAAAAAUUUGCAAAAUCUAAAUGUAUAUAAAUAGCUCAGAAAUGGCUUAAAUGUUUUGAAAUUUCACCACAUUUAGAAAAGGUAAAUAUAAGUUUUCUGUCUAUUUAAGUCUAUAUGAAUAUUUUUAUCUGAAUCAGAACAAAAAAAAAAAAAAAAUUGAAAAUAUUAAAAGAAUUAUUUUCAUAAAUUAUACUGUUCUUUCAAAAUUUUUUUUUCGGCUUUCUCAAUUAUUAUGAAAAACAUCUUCAAAAACAAAAAAAAACUACUUUGUGAGCAGUUACAUCUAAAAUGCAAGAAAAAGAUGUCUUGUUAUUUUUUAAUUGAAGCAAGAUUUCUGGUAGAAAAGUUCUUUAAAAAUAAAAAAAAAAGUAAUGUACAUCUAAUAUACAAACAUAAUAUGUUAUUAAAUUAUAAUAAACCCACACAUAGUAAGUCUAUAGAUAAGUAGAUUUUUGUAGAACUUAACUAUACGUUCAUUGUAGUUUAAAACACCAGAUGCUUCUCUCCACUUAAUUCAACCAUACUUAACCUCUGUUUCACAUCUUCAAAAAGACACCAUUUUUUUUAUACAAAAGAAAGUUUCUACUUCACCUAUAACCGUUUAUUAUUGUAUUAUUAUUUUCUCCUAUUAAAGUUAUACUAUCUGCAAACAUCAUGGUACCUCCUCUCUCUUGUUGUCCCCGUGCACAUCUGAGAUGGGGCAAUCUGCUAAAGUUUUUAGAACUCCUCAUACUGUUUGACAGAAUUUUGCUAACUGUUGACCUGACACAACCUCCUUUGUUAACUCUUAUGAAAAGUAGAGGUAACGUAGAUUCUGAUCCCCUUCCACAGAUAAUGGUAUUGUUAACUAUAAAGUGAAUUCCUCCACCCUACAGAAAUAAUACCAUAUGACUAUUGGAAUUACCCACAUGGGUUUUGCACUAGUAGGAGCUCUCAGGUUUGUUAAGCCCAUACCAUCAUAUGUCCUCCUAAUGUGUAUAAAGAUCUGUAUUACUAUUAAAAAAAUUAACCACACAUAGUAUAAAAUCAUUAUAUCUAUAUAUUAUAUGCUAUGUCCUAAAUUUAUCAUUUUGCAAUGUGCAUACAUAUUUAAAAAAUAUUUUUAAACAUUUUUUUGGUUCCAAAUUUUAAUAAAAAAUAACCUUAAUGACCUGAAUGUCUAUUAUACAACUUACAAAAUACAAAUUGCAUAAUUUUUGUCGGUCAAACCUAAACUAAGGUUAUAGAAUCUAUCUUGAUCUUGAUAAAACUAAUAUAACCAACUAUUUUAAUUUAAUAAUUUUUUUUAAGUACUGUAGGUUAAGUUAUGUAUAUACAAAUUUAAGUUUAAUAGUUAUGGCUUUCAUAAUAUUAUCUAUAAUGUCAUAAGUCAAUCAAUCAUAUUUGAAAAUCUGUUGCAGUGUGUGCAUUUAAAUAUAUAUCUAUAUAUAUAUAUAUGUGUGUGUGUAGGUAUUUAUAGUUAUAUAGUGGAUUUAAUACAUAUUAUCUAUUCUGUUUUAUAACAUAAUAAAUUGAUUAUAUUAGUACAUACUUUUAUUACAUAGUAUAAAAUUGUAUUAGUUAUUAUUUUUUAGACAACCCUCAAAAAUUGUUUAACGUAAAUAUUUAUUUAAAUUUAUUUUUAUUUUAUAAUAAUGAGCUAUUAUUAGUUUAAAACUAAUUAUUUUAAUCAUUAAUCCUUAUAAAACAUAUUUUUUAUAAUACACAUGUGUAUAUUUGGCAGUAUUAAUCCAUAAUAUUAUAAUAUAAGUUCUAUGAUAAAAUAUUGGUAUAGCACAUUUAAAAUAAAAAUCACUCAUUAGAUAUUAAGAAAGUUGUACUAAAAAUAAUAAAGCCGACGCAAUUCUCUUCACAAAAACAUUUUGUUAAGGUUUGGUCAUUUAUUUAUAUUUAUGGGUAAAUUUUUGUAUCAUUCUUUUAGCAAACAUUUGAACAAUGGCGAAUUGUAUUUUGGAUUUUGGCUAUAACAUACAUGUGUGGUGCUUUGAUAUUUUUAAUAUUCGGAACAGCAAAAACGUUAUCAUGGAAUUCAGAAUCGAAUAAAGCGGAAUUAAAUGGUCUACAACUUAAUGAACCAGAAUUAACAAAACCAUUACAAAAUUGAAACUUGAAGUAUUACUGAUCAAGUCUUUACAAAAAAGAUAAAAUAUAACAACUGUGAAUUAAUGUACAGAUUAUUAUUAAUUUUUUAAAUUUUGUACACACAAUAUUAUUUUGAUAUUUGGAAUUAUUACUUAAUAAUAAUAUCUUAAACUUUAAAUUUAGGUAGUUAGGUACCUAUUUUAAAUGUUUACAAAUAUCAAAGUGAGACUAAUACAAAUAUAUGUUGUCAUUUACUAUUAUUAUUUUUACUAGUGCAAUACUAGUUGUAGUAACUAUGAUAACCUACUUUACUUUAUAUUUUAUAUGCACACACUAUGUGUACAUUGGUGAUUUUAUGUAUUAAGUUAUACUAUAGUUAUACUACAGUUAUACUGUAUAAAUAAAUAUAAAAAUAUCGGAAC